CAAUCGAACAAGUUUCAAAAUGGCUUCGCUGGUGUGCAUGAAAAAGUCACUCGUGGUAGAAAGCGGCAAUUCCUUCAAAGUGUACGACCGGUAUGGCCAACACGACAUCGUCUUUUCCCACAGUAUUGUCUGCCAGGCUAAAGAGGAGAAGGAGAAGACAGAGGGGUCGAAGACUUCGGAAGAGAAGGGUGACGAAAAAGUGAAGGGGGAGGGGGGCGGUGAGGGGCAAGGUUCUGACAAGAUCCUUGCACGUGCAUGUUCAGUACCAGAUGAGUACUUUGCAGUGGCCACAGACAAUAAGGAGUUGAUUCUGUGGAAGACCACGCCUACAUGGAAGCACGUCAGCACUAGAACUCUCGCUCGCCGCUGCACAGCUCUGGUUUUUACCUUCAGGGGAGACACCAUCCUCGCAGCUGACAAAUCCGGCGACGUUUACAGCUUCUCGGUCUCGGAUCCAGAAGCACCUGGUACACUACUUCUCGGCCACCUGUCCAUGCUGCUCGACAUUGCAAUCAAAGAUGACGACAGCUUUCUUGUCACGUGUGACAGGGACGAGAAGAUUCGCAUCAGCCACUACCCCAACACCCACAGCAUCUAUGGCUACUGUCUGGGGCACACUGAGUACAUCACUGCCCUGUGUCUCUCGCCAUAUCCUGACGGGAUCCUCCUCUCAGGUGGCGGAGAUGGUACGGUCCGGGUAUGGGACUGGCUGAAGGGUAAAGAGCUACACGUGGAACACCUGGCCAAGUUCUGCAGAGGACUGAAGGACAACAAACCGCCGGUGGUUUCAAAACUGGUCUGCAACUGGAUCGGGAAGCUGGUAGCUGUGGUGGUGGAGGGACUGGACCAGGUGAUUCUGUUUAAACUGCACACAGAGGUAGCACCGCAUUUGGACGCACAGCUUAUUGAGUCCGAACCUCUUGAAUGUGAGGGUAAGGUAUGGGACGUUGCCUUUGACCGUAAUGGCUACCUCUGGGUGGCCCAGGCUGUGGAAGACAACACAGUACAGGUGUACAAAUACAUGCCCUCACAUCUACCACUCAUGUGCGCGAGCUCAGAGGAACAAUUCACAGGAAUCACCACAUCUAUCAACUCAGACUGGGACUUCUUUAAAAGCUCCCUCGGUGAGGAGACCAUGUACAGUGGCUUGUACAAGAAGCACUUUGACAACCUGACUCCGUACUUCGAGAGGAAGGAAGAGAGGAUGAAGGGAAAGAAGAGAAAGGAAGAGAAGACAAGUGACGAAGGAAGCAAGAAAGCCAGAAGCGAAGAAGUGGUUUAAGAACUGCUUGCAAUAGAGUAGAAGGGGAAAGAUACCACUUCUAAAACAGAAUAUUUAUAUUGAUUGCUUAUUUGUUACUGUAUGUUCUACAACAUAUUUGUAGCAAUGUUACAAGAUCAUAUGUUAUAAUGUUAAUGAGACUAUAUUGUCUCUCCUUGUAUUGACACAAACAAAAUACAUACACUCCCCAAGACUUUCUUUGAUUUUAUUUGGAGAAGUUUACCAAUACAAGUUAACUCUUUUGAACACAUCAACUUUUAAGUUCAUG